AGAAGCCCCCCCCCUCGCGCGAGCUUAAUGUUGUUAACGGUUAUAAACUGUCAACGUUCGAAACGUUGACGUUUAAAAAAAAAACAAAAAGCUAACCGGUGCUACCGGGCUCUACUGCUCACUCGAGUCGGUUGGCGAGCAUCAGUUGACGGGCCAUAAAGUCGCUGUCAAGAUCCUAAACAGGCAGAAGAUCCGCAGCCUCGAUGUCGUCGGGAAGAUCAAACGAGAGAUCCAGAAUCUCAAACUGUUCAGACACCCGCACAUCAUCAAGCUGUACCAGGUGAUAAGCACACCUACGGACUUCUUCAUGGUCAUGGAGUAUGUGUCUGGAGGUGAGCUGUUUGACUACAUCUGCAAACAUGGACGGGUGGAGGACACAGAAGCUCGCCGUCUUUUCCAGCAGAUUAUCUCAGCUGUAGACUACUGCCACAGGCACAUGGUGGUCCACAGAGACCUCAAACCCGAGAACGUCCUCCUGGAUGCCAGCAAGAACGCCAAGAUAGCCGACUUCGGUCUGUCAAACAUGAUGUCAGAUGGGGAAUUCCUGCGGACGAGCUGUGGCUCACCCAACUACGCUGCUCCAGAGGUCAUCUCAGGAAGGCUCUAUGCAGGCCCAGAGGUUGACAUCUGGAGCUGUGGGGUGAUCCUGUACGCCCUGCUGUGCGGCACUCUGCCCUUUGAUGACGAGCACGUCCCCACUCUGUUUAAGAAGAUCAGAGGAGGCGUCUUCUACAUCCCCGAGUACCUGACCCGCUCUGUGGCCUCGCUGCUCAUGCUCAUGCUGCAGGUGGACCCUCUCAAGAGAGCCACCAUCAAAGACAUCAGGGAACACGAGUGGUUCAAGCAGGACCUGCCAGGCUACCUGUUUCCUGAGGACCCGUCGUACGAUGCCACAGUCCUGGAUGAGGAGGCAGUUAGGGAAGUUUGUGAGAAGUUUGAAUGCACAGAGUCCGAGGUUGUGUCCAGCCUUUACAGCGGGGAUCCACAGGAUCAGCUAGCAGUAGCCUAUCACCUUAUAAUAGACAACAGGCGGAUCAUGACCCAGGCCAGCGAGUUCUACUUAGCCUCCAGUCCUCCCCAGGGCUCCUUCAUCGAAGAGGGCAUGCCACUGCCCCCCGGGGUCAAACCCCACCCAGAGAGGAUGCCUCCGCUCUUGGCCGACAGCCCUAAGUCACGUUGUCCUCUGGACGCUCUCAACACCACCCGGCCCAAACCCCUGGCGGUGAAAAAGGCUAAGUGGCACCUCGGUAUCAGGAGUCAGAGCAGACCCUAUGAUAUCAUGGCUGAAGUGUACAGGGCUAUGAGACAGCUCAGCUUUGACUGGAAGGUUGUGAACCCGUACCACCUGCGAGUGCGGAGGAAGAAUCCAGUGACGGGUAACCUGGUGAAAAUGAGCCUGCAGCUGUACCAGGUGGACAACAGAUCCUACCUCCUCGACUUCAAGAGCAUCGAUGAUGACAUCAUCGAGGCCGUGGGCUUUAAGUCGGGUUCGUCCACACCUCAGAGGUCGGGCUCCACGGCCGGUCUCCACAGACCCAGACUGAGCAUCGACUCGGCAAGCCCAGCGAUUGAUCUGCCCCAGCUCAGCUCCUCUCUCCCAGGGUCCCUGUCCGGUAGCUCUCCUAUGCUCACCCCACGUCAGGGAUCACACACCAUGGACUUCUUUGAAAUGUGCGCCAGUCUGAUCACCACGCUGGCACGCUGAGACCCUCGCUGUAACCUGGAUGUCAGUCAGGGUUUUGAAGCCAUUUGCUGAUCCGGGGUGUAGGCAGUGUAGAUGUUUGGAGUGACUUCCUCUUUCUGUCUCCUCUUUAUCUCUGUUCCAGUUGUAUUGCACUGGAAGGGUGAAUGGAAACAUGAAAAGCAACGCCUGUCAGCUCAGAUUAAGGAGACAUAGAGAGGAAGGCUUUUUCAGAACGGCAGAUUAACAGCUUCUUUUUUCUUAUUUUGACACAGUCCUGGGGUCAGAGGCGUGGAGUUUAAAACAUCGAGCCACAGCUUGUGAAAACUGAUCCUGGGACUGUAAUCUGUGAACUAGCAGAGGGCAGCAGAGGUCAAGUUCACUGUCACUCCUCCCACAAACACCUUCAGUCUACUAUCAACUGCUGAAACGUCAUCGCCCACCAUAACACUUAAUGGCGGGAUAUCCUGCUGAGUUUUCCCCAGACACUGAUCAGAGGUCAGUUUUGCUUCUUGUCUUAUAUUUUGAUGAAGACGUCGGUUCAAACUGACGUUAAAUCCGUGUCUGAGGGAACGUUCACACAUGUAAAAUUUGAUUUCAGGUUUUAUAUAAUAUGGUUUGUAAAGAAACAGUUUUUGUUAUCCAUGUAUAUUAUAUUUAUAUUCUGAUCAUAUUCUGUAGCUGAGAAGAUUGACAAAGGUAUACCAAAUAACAGACUUUAUAUACCACGAAGAAGAUGAUUAUUAUUUAGAUAUCAGAUCCAUAUUUAUUUUUGAGAGAUUGUUUUUUUUUUUAGGCACUGUAGUUCUAUGAUUUAAGCACUGCGUCGACAUAGAGUUUGAUCCUGAAUUUGAAUAGAGCGUAGAAGAUUAAUGAACUUUGAGAGACGGCAGGACGACAACACUCCGCGUGGAUCCGACUGUCCUGCAUUUAGUGUUGAGGCACAGACACACGCCGUUUCACGAGCGCCAUACGACCUGACAGCAAUGGACUGUCUCCACAUGCCAUACAUAUCUCUGUCACAAAUAUGCAACACGCUGACUCCUUUACGCUUCAGCUGAGUAAGUGUUGAUAUGCUGCUCACCAAAAACGUUAUCUGCGACAUCUGGAAAAUACAGAUGUGGACAUUUUAAGGGCUACGAUUACAAACUAUUGUCAUUAUUUUUACUUUUUAUUAUUGCUUUAACCCUUUAAAUGGAAAAAAAAGUCAAAUGUCCAACAGAAAUUAGUGCCUAAUCCCAAAUGUGAGGUCUUGAAUUUGAUUUUUUUUUGACCAACCAUAAACCAACCCACACAUAUUCAUACUUACUGUGUAUUAAAGAGCAAAAGUCGAGCAAAUCUUCCGCAAACCCUUGCUUGAGAAAUUAAAUCUAAAUUGCUCCUGAUUGUAAUAAAGCACUAAACAUAAUUAGCCCCCCUGUUCAUGAUUAGAUAAUGAAGUGAUGAGGAUAAUCGAGUAAAACGGGAAGACGAGGGAUUCACGUGAGGCGGUGUGUGUCUGCUGCAGGACACAGAAAACCUUUCUCCAGUUGCCUUAAACGAAUGCAGCGCAGUAAUUUCUGUGCAUACGUUUGUGGAGAGUGUGUGCAUGAACCAGUGUGCGUAAAGGAGAUCAGAGGGCGUCACACGAUUGUCAUGUUUUCUUACUGACCUGACGCUGGUUUGUUAGCAGAGGUUUGAAGCUGUCGGAGCUGCUGUCUGUGUGUCUCUUCUGUUCAGUCUGCACUUUGAAAUGAUUUGCAGAUUUGCUGUUUGUCUUUUUUCCCCUUCUGCAUCACACCUUACUGUAACUGUUGAAACCACGGCGGUAUUACUUUUCUAAAUGUCCUGCAUUGUCCUGUCAGAUCGUACCAUAGGUGGGUCGUGUGUCGCUGUCGUCAUGCGACAUUUUUAAACAUCUAAAUCUUUUUUCUGACUGAAUGUAAAGUGAAAGCUGGUGCUGCUCGGACGAGUCCGUCUUUAUCCAUGGGUUCGUUCUCUCGGUUUUGAUGGAGAGCACUGGACUGUUGACUUUCUACUGCUGUCAGUAAAACACAGAGGUCGGAGGAGUAGUGCGUACUUUUUUAGACCGGUGUCAUGGAUACCAAAUCCCCAAUAUUCAUCAUUAUUCACAGGCUAGUUUAAAAUAAUAACACUUCAUGGUGGUUCUCACACAUCGGUCUAGAUUACAACAUGUUGGAUUUAUAAUAAUCUGACGUGGAGCUUCUGUGUCUGUGGCACGGUUCCGUUGUUUUUGCCUCAUGAGGCUGAAACAGUGAAAGUCACGUUCUUUGUUACUCUGCUCUUAUUUAUUCUGUUUAAUGUCCUGUGUAGGUCUGUCUGUGACAGCACACACACACCACCGAAUAUUCUCUGAUGUCAGGGAGAAACUCUGCUCCCUGCUGCAACACACAUGCAACUGCACAUACAGCUUUCCAAACGCGAACCCGUGUUCGUCACUCGAGCCUCUGUGUCACUCUCUCUCUCUCUCGCUGUCUUAAAACGACUCGUCGUCCGUGUAGCGAACCACAUCAGGAUCACAUCUGGCACAUUAUGCUUUCACUCCUGAUUCUGCUGCUCGUGGGUCAUAUUUAAAAGCUCCCAAUAUUUACCAGUAUUCACUAUCAGAUGUAGUACUGUACCAUUACAGCUGUAUGCAGCUACCAGUGGCAUGUUAGUCAUGUAAACUCUAAUCUGUGUUCAGAGCUGGGAAACACGCCAGAGGGGCCGAAUCAUAUACAGACUUUCCGUGUUGUACCAAAGUGAGUAUUUUCAACAGCCAAGCUGUGCUCUGUGCGUCUCUGUGGCGGGGUUCUUAUGAUUAGUGUAACCAGUACCCCAGUGUAUGUAUGUGUGUGUGUGUGUGUGUGUGUGUGUGUGUGAUGAAUGUGUAUAAAUGUGUGUGUGAAUGCGACAGUGUGUUUGAACCGUCUCUCGCUGUCUCUGUCUGAUUGGGGUUUGGAUUUCUAUUGUUAUGCACUGCAUGAUGUUGCUGUUAUGAUUUGCACUUUAAUGAGUAUUUAUUGAAAAACAAUAAACAAACGUAUAAAAGGAAAGUGUUUUGGUCCUGGAGGCUUUGUCGACUCGAACAUUUCACACACACACACACACACACACUCCAAUCACAGAGGAUUAUUUUUGUUUUGUUUUUUUCUCCAGACAAAAACGCACCCUUAGAUGUCAACAAGAAGAUUCAUCACUUUAUAUAAAAACGACCUCAGGUGGUCAUCGCGCUGCUUUCUCUCUUCUUCUAAUACUUAUUAUUCAUCAGCUCGAGGGAAACUCUGAGAAGAAAGUCGGCACAUAAAAGUGACACCUGCCAGACGACCGCGGCCAUAAAAGUGAAAGAAGGAAAAUGAAGUUUAUGGAUGCUGCUUCACUCCAGAAGGAACCGACACACAGCAACUGAUGCCGCUGGCAGAUGUGGUUAAUAAUGUUGCAUUAAUUGUGUUUAUUGUUACAUCGUUUAAAGAAAAUUAUUAUAUUAACCUAAUAUGUUAUAAAGUCAGUAUCUGGCAAACACAUCCACAAUUUAAACUCACGCUGAAGAAAAUAAUGAGGGUACAUAAAAGUAGAAAAAGAUGCUCGUGUAUAAAAAAAAAAAA